CCGAAGCACCCAGCAACAAAAUCUAGGAUCCGACUUUUGGAAUCACUUUGGUAUUUGCAGCGUCGUUUUGUGUUUAUUAUUCCCUGUUUUUCAGAACCCAAAUGCAACUUUAUCCACUUAAAAACUCCCCUGAUUCUUAUCCAUGGCGCCCUGAGAUUACAGAAUAUCCACUUGAUUUCAUCAAUCCAGGUCGUUUUAUGGCUUAGGUUUUGCAUUUUCAGGUUCGGAGUCCGCGAAAAGUGGUUUUUCCGGCUGUUCAAGUCUUAGGAGAAGUGUGUUCGACUGGUUUUCCGGCAUUCGUCAGUGGUUUUUAGGAAGUUCAGGGCUGUUUGCCACAUGGAUGGAUACGGGUUAGCUGUAGACUGGUUUCGAGAUUGGUUUAUCUGAAACUGAGAGUGGUAUUGGUUAGUGCAUGCCCUAUCAGAGGGGGCUUUGAGUUUCAAGCUUAUGCUCUGUUGGGUAAUACUUCCUGCAAUCUGACAGAUUGGAGUGGUUUGCCGGAAACUGAGUGUUUUUCCGUUAAUUGAGGGAGGUUUCCCGGCAAUUGAGUGUCAAUCGCGGUUUCUGAAACUGUUCUCGGGUGGUAAUUUUCCUGCAACCGAGACUGACUUUCGGCAAUUAAGAGCCAUUUCCAGCAGUUUACAGUGGUUUUCCGGCAACUGAGCCUUUUUCUGUUAAUUGGGUGUAAAUGGCGGUUUCUGAGAGUGGAAGCUCUUCAAGCUAUGACGCUGGACUUCCAUGGGUGUUUAAGGGGAGUGCAUUGUAUCAGCUCCAUCUCGUGAAGGCGGAAACGGCGCGUGCUUUCAUUCCAAAAGAGUUCAGAUUGGUGGAAGCUUUCGGGUAUAAUCUUGGUGGUCUUUUUCUUGCUCACUACGAUGACAGCCCAGCUGGUGUGUUCGAUGAGCUAGUGGUGAUUGCAGGCAUUGUAUGGAACCUGCCAACAUCAUGCGCAUGGGCUGCAAGAGUACUCGUGAACAGUCAUGAAGCGUGUAAACAUGGAAGAAAGUAUGUGGGGCUCCCUAGUCAUGUUGCUACAUUUUCGAAGCAAAGGGUUGAGAUAAUGCCUGAGAAGCCGAAAAGUAAAUAUAAUCAUUUAUUGACCAUGAUGGGAGUGGAAAAUAACAUCCAUAGAAGGAAAGAAGGCAUGGAGAUUCAAGUAACUGAGAUCAACGAUUCAUGCUCAACUGCUUUCUGUAAUAUCAACCUCAAAACUGCUGAACCAGGAUCAAAAUUGACAAGACAAUGGAGGGGUCCUCCUAUUCGGAUGUCUCUGCCAAGCUUCAGGUUUGACCAUCAAACAUCCAUUUGGGGAUUGAUCGUCAUCUUAUGUCUUUUCUUUGACUUCCUUUCCUUUUUCUACGGAGCAAACUUUUAUCUUCAUUUUUGUGCCAAAAGAUUGACUGAUUUAAUUGUUGAAAUCAUAGCGGCCACACUGAGCACCAUCCUCAGUUUCUUAAGUACUCAUGUGACAUUGAGUGCAGAAUUCGACCGGUACCACCUGCUAAAAUAUCCAAACCUCCUACUCCCAGCCAUGAUCAAUCGUCAUCGGGUGAGAUGGGUGCUGUUGAAAUCUUGAAUGUGGAGAAUUCCUCCGAUAGUGAUGAACAUAAUCGGAAAAUCUCAUUGCUAUUACUGUCUAAGCCAAUUUUGGCUUUGGAGUUCAGCUCCAUGCAGUUGAAAGUUGGUGCUCCACGUAUUGUUGAGCCUCGCUAGCAUUCCUCACACAUAACAUGCUUUUUCUCUCUGCCAAGAUAUGUCUCUCUGUGG